UGAAUAAAUGAGGAGAGAAACCUAAUGGAUACAUACAUUACAUGGCACAGUCACGCUGUUAAUUCGUCCAAUUAUGCUUUGUGACAUUUAUCCCAAAAGUGACUACAUGAGACCUAUUUUUCCCUCAGGACUAAACAUCCUGUUAGUUUUUGUAGUGAUGUUGAAAUUGUAUUGCUGACUCUUAAGGCUUUACACAACUACGCAGCUAUGUACAUCAAGCAUUUACUAACUAUGAUCCUGGGUCCAGCCUCAGAUCAGCUGAUAGUCGUCUUCUUUCGUGAAGCACUCAAUGACUUUGAGAAAUCGUCUUUGUAACGUUGUAAAAAGUGUGACACUGUAGUGAAUGUGACAAUCUUGUGCAUUAGUGUAUGGAAAUAACAUGAAGAGGUGCUCCUCCUCAGGGUGAAGAAGACUGUCAGUGCAGCACAUGAUCAGACUUUGGAAAGACGUGUGGAAAACAGGGAUUUGUUCAGAUGAGCUGUGACGAUGCUGUUGGGCCAUUGUGCUGACGUGGUUCGAGGUCAUUUGUCCUGCUUAGUUUCCAAAAGGUGCGACGUGUGAACAGACACCAUGGCCGCACAGGAACCGUCCCCUCCUUCGUCCAUGGAGAGCAACAAGCCAGGCUUCCCCAAGAAGAUCCUGGGCAACAAGCUGGAGGACAAGCACCUGUGCAACUGCUGCCACAACAUACUGCGACGACCGUUUCAGGCCCAGUGUGGACACCGCUUCUGCUCCUACUGCUUCAACAGGACAGUCAGUAAUGGACCCCAGAAGUGCAGUGCCUGCAUUAAAGAGGACAUUUUUGAGGACCCUACGUCCAUUUUGAAACAAGGAUGUGCUUUUCCUGACAACGCUGUCCGAAGGGAAGUUGAGAACCUGUCAGCUGUUUGUAUCAAUGAAAGUUGCACUUGGAAAGGCAGCAUUAAAGAGUACGAGCAGAGCCACGAGGGGAAGUGUGAGUUCAUGAUCAUCCCCUGUCCAUCCUGCAAGGAACGCAUCCGCUUCAACGAACAGGAGCGCCAUAGCGAGCGAGAGUGCCCGGAGAGGACGCUCAACUGCAAGUACUGCAAAGAGCCAUUUCACUUCAAAAACAUCAAGGCACAUGAUGAGAUCUGUCCCAAGUACCCAAUGAUCUGUGAAGGCUGCGCCAAGAAGAAAAUACCCAGAGAGAAGUAUGUGGACCAUAUUAAGUUCUGCAGCAAAUUCAGAACUCCAUGUCGAUUUCAUGUUGUGGGAUGUGACAUUUCUGUGGAGAAGGAGAAGAUUCACGAACAUGAGCGCACCUACGCCUACGAGCACCUCAAUCUGUUGUUGCACUACAUCAUGGGCAUGAAAGUGAGCAUGGAGGGCCUGCAGCCCCAGGGACUGGAAGUAGCCGGACACAAACUGGUGGAGCUCCAACAGUCCCUCAGGGAGCUUGAGGCCAGAGUCUCCCAGCUCAGCACCACCUCCUCUGGGCCUCCCGUGCAGGGAGCCGCCGCCGUCGCCUCCUCCUCAUCCUCCAGCUCCGGUCCCCCCGGUCCAUCUGCUUCAGCUCCUCUCCCUCCACCUCCAACUCUAGCUCCCACCCUCUCUGUUUCCACGUCUUUCACACCAUUGCCCAGUUCGGUGGGAGCAGCGCUGGAGCUCCAGCUCCACAGUGAGAAGACCAAGGUGGCCGAGCUGGGACGCAGGUGCACGGAGCUGGAGGUCAAAUCGGGAACGUUUGAAAAUGUGGUGUGUGUGCUGAACAGAGAGGUGGAGAGGUUUGCCACCACCCUGGAGGCCAGCAACCGUCAGCAUAAACUGGACCAGGAUAAGAUCGAGGCUCUCAGUAAUAAGGUGCGACAGCUGGAGAGGACAGUGGGGCUGAAGGACCUGACAGUUGCUGAGAUGGAGGGCCGGCUCAGAGAAAUGUCUGCCACCACCUUCGAGGGCGUCUUUGUCUGGAGGAUCUCAGAUUUUGCCAAAAAGAGACAGGAAGCGAUUGUCGGUCGAGCCCCUGCCAUGUUCUCACCAGCCUUCUACACCAACAAGUAUGGCUAUAAGAUGUGUCUGCGGAUCUACCUGAAUGGAGAUGGGACGGGGCGUGGCAGCCACUUGUCCUUGUUCUUUGUGGUGAUGAGGGGGCUGAGUGACGCUCUGCUCAAAUGGCCCUUUAACCAGAAGGUGACGUUGAUGCUGCUGGACCAGAGCAACAGGGAGCACAUCAUCGACGCCUUCCGACCUGAUGUCACGUCCUCCUCCUUCCAGAGACCCGUGAGCGAGAUGAACAUCGCCAGCGGCUGUCCGCUCUUCUGCCCGCUCUCCAAGCUCGAUGCCAAGAACUCAUACAUCCGCGACGACACCAUUUUCAUCAAGGCGAUCGUGGACCUCACUGGCCUCUAGACGGGUGAUUCCACAGGGUGGGACAGUUCGGCAACCAGGCAGCUCUUAGACCAUUACAGCUUCAUCUUGGCUCAAUCGUGGUCCUUCUAGGGCUCCUCCGUUCAGGCAUCUUACUGUUCCCCUGCAGCUCUAGGGAGACAAACGUGCUUGCAGCUGUACGCUGGGUGUGGCGCAAGUUGGCUCAGUCCAGGCAGCGCUGGCAUCGUCAUCGUGGUCCCUAUGCAGGAACCACCGUCAUUGCUGUACAUUUGGGGUGCAAUACUUAUUUUUUUCCCUGUUGACUUCACAGCACCAGUCCCACAGGGAUAAAGUGUCAUUUCUAUUCACAUAUAUACGUUUCAGUUAAAGGACACAGACGUAAGCAAAGGACACAGACGUAAGCACCGGUGCAAAAAUGUUGACGGAGUGAAAAGAGCGUUACGGCAUCUUUUAUCAUCUCCUGCGUGUGAAGAGUUGGGAGGUGAAGACUGUUAGAUGAGGAUUGUAGAUUACAGGUCGUGUAAGUGAUGAUUCUGAUGUCGCUGUAGAACGCUGGCAGUAGACUUGUACUAGAUUUAGAGCGUGGCUUGAUGCAGUUUUAGCUUUUUCUUGCAGACUGUGGAUAUUGUGAGCUUCUCAAUUCCAGUGUGGAGUGAAUUUGCAUAGACAAACGUGGAGUUAUGUUAUGAAUAAGAUUACAGGCGUUUAUUUUUGCCUCUUUUUUUGCGCAAAGUGCAUGCUGCUGCCGUUUCAAGUAUAAAUUGGCUCCUUGAUACGACUGAGCUUUAUGAGGGUUCCUCGUUUGUUGUGAAACUUGUUAGUGAAUUAGCCAUCCGUGAUGGUGGACAUUGCCUGCAUGUCUUUGGAAACAGGCUAUUUACAUGUGAAGUCAGUGUCGCGUACGUGUUCCUAAUAGGGGUUGGUGGUUCUGAUCGGUGGUUUGGUACAUCUGUGGAAGAUACAGUGAAGUUACCAAGGAGUCAGGGCAGCUUGCCAGUCAAGCCUGAGGCGUUAAACUCCAACAAACACACAUAGAUGGAGUUUUCCCCCUGGGAUAUGCUCAUUAGCUCACAUCUCAACACAUAGUACUGUGCCCCACCACAGACUGAGGUCAACACAGAUUCCACGAAAUGAAGGAAAAUGUCCGUUCCUUGUUUUCUGUCCUUACGGUAUAUGUGUAUAUCUGCUGCUCUGAGAUCUAAUAUAUAUGUUGGCACAAAUAAACAGGAGGUAAAUGUGUGCGGAGGGUGAGAGGCUGAAAGAAGAAGUUGUGAUGCGUUGUUGUAGGUGAUGGGCCAUUGUUGACUUUAUUUAUUGCAGAUCGAUGUUCAAGUGCAGCCCCGGAUUAAUCUCUAAACUUCAGUGUUUUAUUGUGCUCUCACUUUAUUUCCAAUACGGCACCGCAAAUCAAACACAAAGAUCGACAGUGACAUACAUCGAGAUGUUCCUGCAAUUAUUCUACGUGUCCACCAGGGAUUGCUGUUCUACUUACUUAGCAUGCAUGCUGAGGUUUUAAGGUUUCACGCUGGCCUGUCUGAAAACCAGUCCCGACCUGUAUUGGAACCUCUCUGUGCAUGGGAGGCUUCAAUUCAUAUUCACUAUGGAGUUACACGCCGGUUUCCUACGCGUGUGAAAGCAUUUAAUUGUAUUUGUUCGGAUGAGAAGACGUAAUCAUAGAAUAGUUAUUAUGUUAUAUCUGGCGCUGCGUCUGUUUCGACGGAUGCCUCUGUCUAUAUUCAUAGCAAUUUAUAAAUAUGUAUCUUUCAUAUCAUACUGUUGAAAUAAUCUAUAUAUCAAAGUUAAUAUACACGAGAUGUUAUAAUAAAAAUAGUAUUGCUGAAUACCUUAUUAAUUCUAUAUCUAUAUACCACCUUUUUGUUUGUCAAGAUGGUUUGAACAGGCCAGGACAACCCCUUUGUGCAGUGAAGACUAGAGUGCAAUAUAUGAUUAUGUCUUAGUACACCUUGGAUUUAAGGGUUUACAGAGGUCAUGCUCAAAGUAUUUGUCGCCGUUUGUUUACAUGAGUCAUUAUGGCACUGCUGAAGAUCUUUCCAAGGAAAAAAGGAGCUUUCCUUGUCAUCAAGACUACAUCAACCUGAUAUCACUAACAUGGGCACCUCUAGUCUGUAGUUCCUCGUGAAGCGAACCCACGAUUUUUACCCGAGAGCGUUUUACCGUUGAGGAAUUCUUGCUAUAUCCAGUGAGUGAGUUUCUAUCUCUUACUCCUAAAACCUGUCACUGACGACUGAGCAUGUGAUAAGUAGAAUUACAUGAACUUUUUAAACCUCCUGUGUUCUUGUUAAUGUGCCAAAAUCAGAUAUUACCUCUGUAUACUAACAAUGUUGUAUUGCAAGUUGGAUUUUAUGUUCUAUGCUAAAAAAUAUGGUGCCAAAUAUACAGGAUUUAUAUUUUAAGUUAUUAUGUGUAUGUGUGGGAGUGUGUUUGUGUGAAUGUGUGUGCGUGCGUGUGUGUGUGUGUGGGCGUGCAUGUGUGCCACUUUUACUAAUGAUGCAUGGGUCACUACUUCGGUGCGCACCAGAGAAUUAAUACUGUCCCAUGAAGCUGUCCUCAGAUGACAGACCCGGCUGAGGUUUCUGAAUGUAAGCUUUAAUUCAUUUAAAAAAAAACACACAACAGCAGUUCUGUAAUGUGAUGCAGUUGACUUGAAUCAACUUUAUUUGUGCACUUUGUAUCGGUUGUUUGUCCAAACAGGGUAUUUUGUUGAGUGAUUUAUGUACCUUGAAAUCAGAGCCAUAUAUAUUCUGAUGUUGAUAAUUGAUGUAUUAUGCUAUAAAGGACAUGCAGUAUGUAAUAAAGUUUGUUAGUUUCA